UCCAACCGCUAAACAAACCCAGUUCGGCGGCGUUCUUACACGCAGCGCAAUUCGACUGUUCUUCUUCUUCAUCUUCCACCUGCCAUCCACAGUCAUAUCUCGUCCGCAGCUGCCCCGCUCUCCAUUUUAACUUUUUUCUAUAUCCACCGGCAGCACUCCAAUCGACUCCCAAGCGAUGUCUUUUCAGCUUCUAUUCCAGUCGAAUAUUGGCGACCCGAUUCCGUUCCGAAACUUCGCUCAAUAUCUGCAAUCCUGUGCUUAAUUUCUGUUAAUUUUGAGUUUCCCAUCCAUUUCGAUUUGAGACGGAGAAUGGCGGCGUUUUUAAAGGCCGAGCUAACAAAAGUGGCAGCCGAGGCCGAGGCUAAGUCUAUUUUGGACUCAAAUUCGUUCGACUCGUCUCGAUUCAUAAGCUGCAAUGCGCAAUCUGUCGCUUCUUCUUUUAAAAGUAAAGGUCUGGUUGUCGAUCGGGGUUUCAAUCCAUCCCAUUUCUCGGCAAACUUCAAAACAUGGUUAAAAGCAAGAGGAAUGUUGCGGCUUUUCACGAACCCUUCAAAUUCCUUCUCGAGGCAAUUAGUUCGCGAAUUUUACGCCAACUUUUUCGAAGGUCAUGAUAUCGAGUCCGUGUUCGUUAGAGGGAAAUAUGUGAAUGCCGGAGCGGCGGCCAUUAAUGCGUUUCUUGGGGUGUCGGCGCAGCCGCGAGUUCUCGACGAGCUUAAGGAGUUUUCGACGCUAACGGGUAAUGAAUUAUUGGCUGCUUUCGAGUUAGUUUCUAACGAACCGGUUGUCGUCGAUAACAAGCUGAAGUGUACGUCGAUUAACGAAUCCGCGAAACAGUUGUUACAAUGGUCGCUGUCGAAUCUGUUGUGUACGACGCAUUGGACGAUUAUCUCCGCGUAUACUCUGUUUCCGGUGAUCCGAAUUUUGCAGGAUAAAGACGUCGAUUUCGGCGAACUUAUCGUCGCCGAUAUGCGUGAGAGGGUUAGGACGGGACGGGUCUCGUUGGGCCACGGUUAUCUGAUUAAUGAAUUGUGUAAGAAGGCCGGUGUAGUUGUCGAUCGCUCGGAGUUGGAUGUCGAGCCUUUGUCCGCGAUAUUGUUACCGUCGACGUGGGUUGAGUCUCUCGGCGUAAUUUCUUCGCCUCCGGUUACUCGUCGACAGUCGAAGGCUGCCAUCGACGGCGAUCGACGAGGAAAUCAUGGAUGUCGAAAGAAACCGAUUUCUAUCGAUAUUUGGUACGACGACGACGAGGGCCUCUUAUCGGAGAAGAGGCUAAAUAAGAAGGCGCGUCGGGACGUUACGACGACUAAGUACGGAAAGACGGGUGAGGGAACCGAUUCUCCGACGGAUGUCCGGGAAUCAACUCCGGCGAGUAUCAACGUUCAGUGCGAGGAAUUGGACGCGGCGUUCGAGCAAUAUUCGCGGGAUUUGGACGAGCUAAAGGCGAAGAUUGAGGUUAUGAAAGCGAAUCGGGGGCGCAUACGAUUUGCGCAAUGGUUAGCAGCUAUUCGUAUUCAGACAGUGUUUCGAAAACGGUUAGAACAGCGUUAUUUAUUGGUCGCGUGUUUUCAACUCCAGAGUUGUAUCAGAAAAUGGUUGAGACGACGGCGGAGUGCCCGACCGGGACUUGGCGUGGUUUCGGACUCGUCUUCGAUGGAUUUAAAGGCGGCGGAUUCGCGAGCUUGUCUGAAUGACAGAUUGGAUAAGUUGGAAGGCGAAAUGGUAGAAGUUAAGGCUCAAUUACGAACAAUUGUCGAAGGGAUGAACAACAUAAAAGAGGCUUUGGUAGAGUCUUGUGAGCAAAUUGUAAGAAAAUUUCGACCAAAUUAAGGAUGUUUAAGGUAAUGUUCACUUUUGUCUUAGUUAAUAUGUUGUCUUUUUGUAAACAUAAAUUUAAAUUUGUAUGGUUGGCGAAUCAUGCACAAUGUUGCAUGUGUUGGGACUGGAGAAUACUUUCGACACAAGGCACAUCCGCAGGUCACAAGGGCGAGUCCACCACUCUGCUUUGGGCUGAGCCCACACGAAUUUGUUUUUGGAUAUUCUUCAAAAGGCCUCAUAUUAGUGGAAUUCACUUGGGACUUAUAAGGUUUGAAAUUUUUCUUCACAGCUUUCGAUGUGGGACUUGGGUUUGGGGCGUGAAUGAUCCUCGCAAGAUUUUUGGGAUGUGU